ACUACUAACGCUCCUUUUCCGCCUUCGCCUCGGCGCCGCGCAACACGAGUCCUCAUCCUGUCUCGCUUAUUUUUUUUGUUGUUGUUAAAAUAUCGAUUACAACGGAUAAAGCGACCAGUGUACAGCUUCGGCGAUGAAACCCAUCCUGCUACAGGGCCAUGAAAGGUCUAUCACACAGAUCAAAUACAACCGAGAGGGAGACCUGAUCUUCUCUGUGGCCAAAGACACGGUAGCGAAUGUGUGGUACUCUGUGAACGGGGAGAGGCUUGGAACUUACAAUGGACACACUGGAGCUUUGUGGUGUGUUGACUGUGACUGGGACACCAAGAAUGUGUUGACAGGAUCGGCAGACAACAGCUGUAGACUAUGGGACUGUGAGACAGGUAAACAGCUAGCCAUGUUGAACACCAGCUCGGCUGUGAGGACCUGUGGCUUUGACUUCAGUGGCAACAUCAUCAUGUUCUCCACAGACAAGCAGAUGGGCUACCAGUGUUUCCUCAACUACUUCGACCUCCGCGACCCCCAGCAGAUCGAGGACAACCAGCCGUACCUGACGGUGCCCUGCGCUGAGUCUAAGAUCACCAGUGCUGUGUGGGGGCCUCUGGGAGAGUUUGUUAUCGCUGGUCACGAGAACGGGGAGAUCAACCAGUUCAGCGCCAAGUCUGGAGAGGUGCUGAAGAAGGUGAAGGAACACACCAAACAGAUCAAUGACAUCCAGACCUCUGUUGAUCUGACCAUGGUCAUCACCGCAUCUAAAGACUGCUCCUCUAAGCUGUUUGACUCUACAACUCUAGAUCACAUCAAGUCCUUCAAGACAGAGAGACCCGUCAACUCUGCUGCCAUCUCCCCCAUCAUGGACCACGUGGUGAUGGGAGGAGGUCAGGAGGCCAUGGAGGUCACCACCACCUCCACCAGGAUCGGCAAGUUCGAGGCCAGGUUCUUCCACGCAGCUUACGAAGAGGAGUUUGGCAGGGUCAAGGGUCAUUUUGGACCCAUCAACUGUGUGGCGUUCCACCCGGACGGCAAGAGCUACUCCAGUGGAGGAGAGGACGGUUACACUAGGAUUCAUCACUUUGACCCCCAAUACUUUGACUUCGAGCUGGAGGCGUAAACUGAAGACCAGCAGCGAUACUCUUAUCUUUUCACCUGUUGACAGGCUGUGGGACGGACAUCAGGGGUGCAUCUCAAUAGUCUGAAGGAGCCUUUCCUUGUGUUCUGUCCUAUAUCUAUACUGAUCUGAGAACUCAGGAUAGGUGACAGCAAUAAUAAUGGUGGUGGAUGACUACCAGGAAUUGUUUGUCACUUGUUCAGUGGUUUUAAAUCUGUGUCGAUGGAGGAGAGGAAGCCACUGAAGACUAUUGAGAUGCACCCUAGUGAUGGGGGUGGGGAGACUUUAGGCCUGGGAAUUAUUUUGUCUGGUCAUCCAUAGUCCUGACAUCACUAAUAAAUAGCCCAACUGGAAUGUUUGGAUUGCCUUGGUUGACCGAAUAGGAAGAUAAAAAAUGUUCCGUACCCUUGGUUUUGCUCUCUUUUCAUCACUAUUCCAGAGUGUAUUUAAACUGAUUCUCCAAAUAAAUUGAAUUUGAGCUA